GAUUUAUGUAUUUGUUUCAACAAAAAAUUGAGUCUGGAAUUUAAUAUCACGCGAUGGGAGUUACUGGACUGUGGAGACUGGUCGAGCCUACCGGCAAGCCUGUGCCUGUUGAGACCUUGGAAAACAAAGUCUUAGCUGUCGAUAUUUCAAUAUGGUUGCACCAGAUGGUGAAAGGUUACCAAGAUGCAAAAGGAGCACCGCUACCAAAUGCCCAUCUUAUGGGUUUAUUCCAAAGACUGUGCAAGUUGUUAUAUUUCAGAAUCAAACCUGUAUUUGUUUUUGAUGGAGCGUUCCCAGAAUUGAAAAGAGAAACUAUUGCUAAGCGUCAGGAUAGCAAGUCAAAGUAUCAUUCUGAGUCAGAACGGCUGAAGCGAGAACUUGCUCUGUUAUUGAGUAAAAAGACAGCUGUAAGCAGUCUCCUUGGGAAACAAAUAUCACCCAAAAAGGGGCCUCGACCUGACUUAGCUCAGGCUUCUGAAGAUGACUUAUUUAAGUUGCCAGCUUUACCUAUUCAACAAGAUGAAAUUGAUUCAGAAUCAGAGGAUCCAGACACAUCAAGUGGUUCAAUAAUUGAUAUACAUUCUGUUGAUUUGGAUUCUGAUAAUUUCAAGCAAAUGCCUGCCAAAGAGAAAUAUGAUGUUCUUGUUGAGUUGAAGGAGACUAGAAAAAUGAAUUCUUGGGGUAAAUUGCAUGAACUACCAAAGGAAAGCAAUAAUUUUUCUGAUUUUCAAAUGCAAAGAUUGCUCAAAAGAAGAAAAGUUCAGGAAGUUUUUGAAGAAACCGAAAAGGAGAUGGGUUCUACUGGAAUGUCACUUAAUGAUCUGGAAUGUUUGCUUAAUGAAGAAGGCAUUGAUACGAAAAUUGAAAGUAUGCCGACACGUAGAAUAGCCUCUAACAGUUCUACUAGAUUUCUGCUCAUAAAAAAUGUUAAACAGGCAUUAGCUGAUGCUAGAAAACAGAAACUCAAAGCUAUCAAUGAAAAUACAGUUACAGAACCAGGCCCAAGCAAUGUAGUUGAAGAAAAACCAUCAGAGUCUACCACAGAUAAAACAGAAGAGUUAGAUGAUGACUUACAAAAAGCUAUACAAAUGUCAUUAGAAUGUGCGGAUGAACCUAAUACCAGUGUAAAUUCAACUAAAACUGAUGAAUCUUGGUCUACAUUCAUGACAGAUUCAGAUAAUUCAAACCAAGAAACUGAUUCUGAAGAACACGAUGGUUUUGAACAGACUGAAAACUUAUCUACAGCUAAGGCAUAUAUAAUGCAAUACAGUGAUUACACUCCUAGAGCUAUAGAUCAAAUAGUCACAUCAAAUAAUAAACGACAGAAAGGAAAAGCUAAAGCACCGAAAGUAGACAAAAUAAUAGAAGAAUUAAAUAAGGAAAAGUCUAUUAUCGUAGACGAAGUCAGUCUAUCAAGUGAUGAUGAAACUGAUACCAAUAAACAAAGUAUCGAACAUUUCAUUAAACCCGUAAGCAAAUCAGAUUCUGAAAAGGACAUUAUAGAAUUAAAUACAACACAAGAAGAUAUCAGGUCAUCUGAAGACGAAGUAGAAAUUAUAUCAACCAACACCUCCAUUAUAACCGUCGACGACACACAAAAUAAUAUUGGAACUUUAUCUGUUGAUAUAAAUGAAGAUGCUAAAAAUGAAGUUUUGGAAACUAGUAAAGUUAAUGUGUCAAGAAAAUUAAUACCAGACACAACAAGUCAUUCAAUAGAAUCUGAGAGUAGUGAUGAUAACUUUGAGGAGGUGCCUGCAAAACAUAAUUUUAUAGAAACUAAACUUAGUUUGCCAAAUAAUGCCACCACUGAAACUGAAAGUCAUAUUAUAGAAUCAGAAAGUAGUGAUGAUGAUUUUGAGGAAGUACCUGUGGCGGAUGCAGGACAAAAGCCAGUAGUUGAAUUAACAUUAAAUGUUGGAGAAGCUCCUGAGGAUGAUAUAUUUUCUGAUGUAUUUACAAAAAAUAGUGCCGAAGAUGUAGCAGUUGAUACUUAUAUUUCGUUGUAUCCAACGGCAGAUACUAAAUUGUCUAGUAACAAAAUUGAAAAAGGAAGUAGCGAAAAAUACAAAAAUUGUUUCAUUGAUGAAGAAUGUAGCAAAGAGACAAUAACUGAAAACUGUGAAGAAUUUAAAAUUCAAAUGAAUAAAACAAAUCAGAAGCCGGAUCUAGAUUUUUCUGUACACAACACGAAUAGUACUGAUAUAAUUGCACAGGUUUCUUCAAAACCUCGUAUUAAGAACAUACCAAAAGAUAAGAAUGAAGAGCCCAUUUAUAGUACUGACAUUGCGGACACGGAGAUUGCCAGUACUUCCUCUGAUAAACAAAUCAAUGACACCUCUUCUGAAUUAUUAAACAAAAAUCUAGAAAUUAAAACGCAUACUAUUGCAAUUGCUAAAGAACCAAUAUCAACUGAAAUGCUGAACACAAUGGCAGAAGACAUACAAAAUGAGGAAAAUGAUCUGAUCAAAGAAAAAGGCCGUUUGGAUCGUAUAGGGAGAAACAUAACUGAGCAAAUGACAAAGGAAGCUCAGGAAUUGUUGCAAAUAUUUGGGAUUCCGUAUGUUGUUGCACCAAUGGAAGCCGAAGCGCAGUGUGCAUUUCUAGAAAGUGUUAAUCUGACUGACGGCACUAUAACUGAUGACAGCGAUAUCUGGUUGUUCGGCGGAAGAACUGUCUACAAAAACUUCUUCAACCAGAAGAAGCAUGUGUUACAAUUUCUGUCCGAGCGGAUUGAAAGAUCUUUUAAUUUAACUCGAGAACAACUUAUACUCCUGGCUUUGCUAGUGGGCAGUGAUUACACGACGGGCGUAAAUGGUGUCGGCCCAGUAACUGCUUUGGAAAUCCUGGCUUCUUUUCCUUACAGCAAGAAACAACUCUCGGAAACUAAUGAACAAGCCCGACAUGCCAAGCUUGUGGCUGGUCUGCAAGACUUCAAGAAAUGGGUAAAAGCUGGGAAAAGAACAGACAAUACCACUUUGAAGAAAAAACUUAAAAAUGUAGAUGUUGCUGAUGAUUUUCCCAGUGUUCGGGUAGUUCAAGCAUAUUUAGAACCAAAUGUUGAAAAGAGUGAAGCCAAAUUUUCAUGGGGUGAGUUAGAUAUUACAAUACUUAGAGACUACACCAAAUCCAAAUUCGGUUGGUCACAAAAUAAGUUUGAUGAGAUUAUUAAACCAGUUAUAAAAAGAAUGCAAGAUAGACAAACGCAGAGGACCUUACAAGAUUACUUUAAAAGGAAAGUCGAAUUUACUUCUUUGGAUGAUCAAAUGAGUAAACGCGUAAAAGCAGCCGUGCACAAAAUGGGUCCCGAAACUGAAGGCAGUGCUCAGGUGGAAAAUGAUGCAGAUACAUUUAAAGUUCCACAAAAAAGAAAACUAACCAAAAAAUCCAAACCAGCAAAUAAUGAAACAAAUGAAGUCGUAUCCAUCAAAACUGCAAAGCCAUCUAAAAGCACGAAAAAACUAAAAACAAACGCAGAAAUAGAUGGUGCAGAAAUAUCAGGUAUAGUAAAGAUAAAGUCAGUUGCUGAUGAGGAAAAACCGGCAGUAGAAAUAAAAAUAAACAAAACGAAGCGAUUCCAAGAGGUUAUUCCACAGAGAGAGAAAGACAAGCAAGGACUUUUACAGAAUAAAAUGAAAGCAAUAGAAGUGUUCCGUAAAACUAAGUUAGAUCGUAAGACUCAACGUAAGAAAAGGAGACCAAACUUGCCUAAAGAAAAGGCGGAUCUCUCCGAAAGCAGUGAUAGCGAUUGAAUGUUAUGUUAUUUUAUCCUAAAGUAUUAUAUAAGGUACAUUUAAUUUGUUUGUACUUAAGUCUAAUUUAUUUAUUAAUAAAAUAGUUUCUUACCUA